ACAACAACAGCAACAACAGCAACAACAGCAACAGCCAUGACAACGCGUGGCAGUGGGCGCGGCACUGGUGUGCGCAAGCCAGGGGCUGUUGCGAGCGGAACCAAGCGAUCAACCACCUCUACCGCGGCAUCGAAGACAGCCAAGAGCAAGGCCGGGCCCGCGAAAAAGGUCAGUGCCAGCAGCCGGGCAGCUGCGUCGUCGUCGUCGUCAUCAUCAUCAUCAACCUCCAAGGUCAAGUCAACGACCACAGCCAAGAAGGCGGGAUCAACAUCCACCACUGCACGACGAGGCAGAGCCACUGCCACAGGCCGCAAGACUAACGUGGCAAGCCGCACCAAAGGCACAAAGACAGCGGCUGCGAAGAAGAAGAAGAAGCCCGAGCUGUCCCCGGAGGAGAAGCAGCGCCGUGAUGCCGCGAUUGUCAUACAGCGCAACAUGCGCCGUGUGCUGGCACAGCGGCAUGCCGCCAAGUUGAAGAAAGACAAGGAGGAAUACGAGAAGACCAUGGAAGAGCUUGAGAGGGAGGCGUGGCUUGCGCUCGUGAAGCGAGAGCAGGAGCAAGAUCGCCUGCGUAUGCAGUUGGAGAUGCAGAAGCGCAAGGAGAAGAAAGAGCGCAUGCAGAGGGAGAAGGACAUGCGCGAAGCCGCCUUUGAUGGCGAGAUUGACACGCUCCUCAACCUCUUUGACAAGUUCGAGCUGGACAUUGAUGCAGCAGACGGUAACGGGGACACGCCGCUGCUGGAAGCGGCGGGCGGUGGCCACGUGGCGGCAGUUAACCUCCUUAUCAGUCGCGGGGCCGACGUGAACGCACAGGGCCGGUUCGACCGCACGCCGCUGUACCGUGCUGCCUUUGGAGGCCAUGCGGAUGUUGUGAGUGUUCUGCUGGAAGCGGGCGGUGAUCCACGCGUGUACGACAGCGAAGGCAUCACCCCAGCCGAGGUCGCAUCCAACGAUGAAGUUGCAGCGAUUAUCAAGGAGUGGGACAUUGCGCUGACAGAUGCAAAGCUGGUGCAGCUCAAAGAGCAGAAACACCAGCGUCUUCUCGCCGAGAAGGCGCGCAAGGAGGAGGAAACGCAAUCGCUGGAGAAAGUUGUGGCCGAUGCAGAGGCAGCGUACAAGGCGCACAGGAACAUGCUCACGAAAGCGCGCAUGGAGCUUGAAAAGCGCAUCAGAGAACACGACGAGGUUGUGCAGCGGGGCGACGAGCGGCUGGCGGAGGUGACGCUGAAGACAAUCAAGGAUGCAGAGGCAGAGGUGGCGCGCGCAGAACUGAAGUUUGAGGCAGCAGAGAUUGAAGUCCGCAACGCGCGGCUCAAGCUUCGGGAGCAGCGCCUGGCGGCUGCGGAAGAAGAGGAGCAUGAUGGCGGUGGCGGUGGUGAUGAGCGUCGUGCUGGGUGGCUCAAGUGCUCUGUUCGUGAGCUUGACGAUGUGCUCGUCAGAGACGUUGGCGACCGCAUCGCAUCCUCCGGCAAGUGGCCGCUGCUGGUUGAUCGCUCGAAGCAGGUUGCGACGUUUCUUCGAUACCGCAACACCAACUACGUCAACAUGUGCUCGCCGUACGAUACAGAAAAGGACCGCCUGCGCAUUGCUCUCCUGGGCUCAAUCAGGUAUGCCAAGCCGCUUGUGCUUGAUCUGAUGGAUGUUGAUGCGAGCACGCUGCUUGAGGACCGCUUCAACGCCAUUCAACCUGAUCUCUUCAUCAACCUCGUCAACAAGAACAUCAUGCACGACUUCUGCUACUCCACGCUGAUUCGGAAGGAGGAUGGUGAGGAGUAUGAACUGAAACGUUUUAACCAGGCUCGCAUUGACGAACACUUCAAGGUGUACGUCGUGACGCAAGACCCCUAUCCUGACGACGAGCUUGUAUCGCAGUUUUUCCCCAUCCAAGUCCUUCCAGCAGGCGCCUCCCUCUGAUACUGUGUGUCGGCGUAUGGACGUAUGUCUGUAUGUAUGUGUGUGUGUGAGUGUCUGUGUGUGUAUGUGUAUGUAUGUGUGUGUGAGUGUCUGGUGUCCGGAAGUGCGAACACAUGUGCCUCCUGCAAUGCGGUUGUAAACGUCAUUUAUUAUCGCCCUCAAAAGGCGCGGCUCAAUUACACACCCAUGUGCACUCUCGCAAGCAUACUCUGCUAUCCCAAUUAGAUCAGCAAUCGCACAAGC